AUGACGGUCACUGUCCCUCCUUCGACAAAGCGCAACAACGCAACCUUGUUGGCAGAUGAAGCCAACGGUCUGCCUUUGCGCCAGCUCACCACGCCUGAUGCAACGCGAAGGGGCAAGGUGCCGAUACAGCUCAAGGAUACAGUCAUCAGUUCGGAUUCGCUGAGGCGAACACGGCCACGAUGGCGAACGCCUGAGUAUAUACUCUACAGCGUCAUCGUCACUGCUGCCGUCUUACAAAUGACGCGAGUCGCCAUGCGUCUCAGCCGGCCGGAGCAUCCGAAUUAUGCAAAGUAUGCUGGGCGGCUUUCGCCAGGCUGGAUGACAGAACGCGUCGACAAUUCUGAUCAUCAGUACUCUACUUUUCGCAACUCUUUCGCGGCUCUGGUCGUGCUGGCUGUCAUAUGGGGCGUCGCAUCCCGAUUAUUCGCAAGAAGACAGCUCGCCAGAAUGCGCUCCUCUGCUUCUCGCCUUUCCGCGCCAGAUCGGCUGCCCUUUCUCCUACCGGCCACCGCAGCCUUUCUCCUGCUCUUUCACGGCUUCUCUGUCCUCUUUCUCGCCAUCCUCGUCACCACCAAUUACCUUGUGGCCACGCGAACGGCAAAGAGCAAGUUCGGCGUCGUUGCAGUCUGGGGCUUCAAUAUCGGUACCCUCUUCCUCAACGACAUGUAUGGGGGCUACAAAUUUGCGUCUCUGCAUACCUCGCUCGCUUGGAUGGACUCCAACGUAGCGAGAGGCUUGGUACCGAGGUGGCAGCUGCACCAUAACAUCACUAUGCUCAGACUUGUUUCCUUUUCGCUAGAUUAUCGCUGGGCCAUCUCUGCCUAUCGACGAGACGAGACUGGCGCUGCAAAUGGCACUGCCAAACUAUCAGGCAUCAGUUCCGUUGCAACAUCGCAUGCGCCGGCAGAGUACAACUUUUAUCAUUAUCUCGCCUAUGCGUUCUAUCCGCCUCUGUACAUCGCAGGACCGAUCAUGACGUAUAACGACUUUGUGGCUCAGCUCAAGCUACCACCGAAGCUGCCAAGGAGGGAAACCAUAUCAUACGCAGUCCGCUUUGCCGUGUCCCUGCUCACCAUGGAAUGGGUCUUGCAUAACAUCUAUGUCGUCGCCAUCAAGUCGGAAGAAGGCGGAUGGGCAGGCGAUACCCCAUUCGAAGUCAGCAUGAUUGGCUUCUGGAACCUCAUCAUCGUUUGGCUAAAGCUUUUACUGCCUUGGCGGUUCUUCCGGCUAUGGGCCCUGACGGACGGCAUCGAUCCGCCCGAGAACAUGGUGAGAUGCAUGGCCAACAACUACUCCACACUCGGUUUCUGGCGCAGCUGGCACCGAAGCUUCAAUCUCUGGAUCAUCAGCAGAUACAUCUACAUACCCAUCGGCGGCAAUAAGAACAUGAUACCCGCAACCUUGCUCGUCUUUACGUUUGUCGCAAUGUGGCACGAUCUCUCGCUUCAGCUUCUCACUUGGGGCUGGGUCGUCGCUCUCUUCAUUCUCCCAGAAGUGCUCGCUAAACGCGCCGUGCCUGAGCGCAAAUACGAAAGUAAGUGGUGGUAUCGGCAUGUCGCAGCGGCCGGCGGCGUAGCCAAUAUCCUCAUGAUGAUGACCGCUAACCUCAUCGGAUUUGCGAUCGGCGUUGACGGCAUCAAAUACCUCGGCAGCCAGGUAUUCGGGACCUUUUCAGGCAGGUCCUCGACGUGCUCCUCAGCCAGGUUGCUAAAUCGCUUUGCAGGCUACAAGUUUCUUGCGUUGGCGUGCAUCGCGCUCUAUUCUGCCACCCACUUGAUGUUCGAGUAUAGGCGAGUACCGGUCGAUAUGAACUGGUCGAAGCUGACCAGCCAAUUCUGCAGAGCCGAGGAGGUGCGACGAGGCAUCGUCAGGAAAUGCUAA